AUGGAGCUGCACGAUGAGGAAAUCUACGAGCGGGCGAGUGUAAACCUUAGCGUAAUUCUCAAUGACGACAUAAAAGAGGAGAUAAUAGAAAAUCUAAGGCAAAAUAUGAAGGACAGGAAUGUGAAAAUAAGCAGUUACGAUUAUGGAAGUAUUCACAAAAUAAAUUAUUGCGCGAGCGAGGUGGCAGAUGGGGACGAGAGGGGAGGUGGACAUGCCAUGCUGAUGCACGGAUGGCUGAAAAAGAUGAAGGUCGCUUCCUCUGUUGUGAUAUUUUGCGUCGACUGGCAGGGGAUUGCAAAUGAGGGGGCAGAAGACAGGAACUUAACUGCGGAGAAUCUCCCCACGGGUGGGUCGUCGCAGGAAAUUCCAACUGCGACGAACCCAAGUGGGAAUACGCCCCUACUAGGGGAAAGUCCAACUGGAGAAAAUUAUCCCCUGGGGAGUCCUCGGCAGGCGCAACCCGAGCCCACCCGGGCGUGCGUACAGAACGCUGCUUUCAUGAACCAAGUGAACAAAGACCUGAUGGAGCGAAUAGAAGAAAUAAACGCAAUAAUUAUGAGGAGGAAAAAAAUCUGCAAAAUCGUUGUGCUAGUUAUUCUACCGGAAAAUACACAAAAUACAGAAGAGUACAUCAAAUAUAUUAGCCUACUAAAUUCUAAAAACAUCAGUGCCAUUUUUAUUACCUUAGGAUUGAAGGAGAUACAUAACAAAAUCAGAAAGUUAGAAAAUCUUCUAAGGGAUUGUAUUAAUGCCUUUUUUAAGCAACACAUAAUCAGCUUUGAGAGGAAAAGUGGACAAAGCAUACUCAAUUUUUUUAAGUAUAAUUUUAAAAAGGCAUAUGUUUUGGAGAUACUAGAAAGGUAUGAUGAAAGUAUGAAGAUUUACGUGAAUCUAUGUAAAGUUUUUUAUGAACAUGCAGGUGAAAAUACCUUUUCUGACAAACAGACCUUUUUCAAGUAUGUUAUUUUUUUCAAUUCAAUCAGUAUUCGGAUGAUAUAUAUUUAUUUAUUUUUUAAGGAUAUUAAGAAGGCCAUUCAUCAUAUUUAUACUCACAAUAAAAUAAUUUACUUGGCAUUGAUGCGGAGGGAGGAAGAACAUAACAACGGCAACGACGAAGAAGAGGCAGGUGUAGGAGAUUUAUCGCGAAUUGGGGCGGGACUUUCUCAUGUCAUUUCUAUGUAUGGCAUAACUGGUUGUUCUGAUUUGAUUACCUCUUUGAAGUGUUGGAAUAAUUUCAGAGGAAACGCACUCAUCAAUGGAGGAGAAAAGUACCCCGCGAAUGAGAAUGUCCACCUCCUGUACGACCUCACGAUGAAGGAGUACCUAUACUACAACCUGCUCUCCUGCAUCUAUUUCUAUUUUUACAGAAUUGUAAAAAACAUUAACAUUAAUAUAAGGGACACCGUGUUGUAUGGGAUAUACUGCUGCUUCUGCAUAUAUUACAUGUUGAAGGCGCGUAGGAAGAUGGACAAAAUAGUGGAGGGAUUUUCUCCCAUCACCCAAUUUGAGAGUUAUUUUAAGAUGUGUCAGGAUUCAUCUGUACAAGACUUUGUCUUAAACUUUUUAAUUGAAAUAUAUGUAAUUAUUAGCACCAAGCAAAUUAGCAAUUUGUUCCGACUGGUCAUUUAUUUUUUGUGUCUAAUUUAUUACGAACGUGGGAACUACCCCUUCUGCUUGUACUUGUUGCUUUCGUUUUAUGGAAGCGGGGAGGACUCCUCCGUUUUGAGUGCAGUUAGCGCGGAUGCCUUGAGGGAGGGAAUAUAUCCCUUGGGCGAGCUGCACACUCUGUUGGGGGUUGUAUCGGAGAAGAGGAGCUACGAGCGCACUCGAAACUCACAUACGCACGAACCCAUGCUGCUUCUGACUCUGAGUUGUAUGGGUCGCUUGCUGCACCCGGAUAUGUGGGGAACCACCGCAGACGGAUCUUCCUCAAAAAAAGAACCGCUUAACAUCAAGGAGUACCAACACAUGUUCAUCCAAAUAUGCUUCGAGUAUUUAAACGACCUAAUAAGGAACAAGAAAAGAAAGGAAGAGAAGAAUUUUUGUGAUUUUUUCUCCAAGUAUUGUGAAAGUAUAAAAGGAAAAGGGGUUCUCCAUCCCGAUGGACCACCCACUAUAUCAAUAGGAAACGUGUACGUAAAGUUAUAUUGUUUGAUUAAGCCCACUGGGAUUGCCUUCUUUUUAGAAAUAAAAAACGAAACCCACGUAGAUUUCCACUAUUCACCUAUUAUGGGCAUCUCAAUGAACAACCACUUGUCCUUGUACAAGUUAAAUUUCUCUAAUAAAUUCGAUGGUGUCAUUUUUGCCACAGGGGAGGUUCUGUACGAAGUUGUGGUAAAUGGGAAAAGUGUGCUAGACUGCAUAGACAGGGAGAAUGCAUCGUUGGAGGGGUUUUCCUUAGGGGAAAAAAACAUAGUAAGUUUCUUUUUACCAGGGAUAAGCAAAAAGGAAAUAGAAGUUAAUUACGUCGAUCUUUAUUUGAACAUUUCUUGCAACAUUGUUCGUAUGCGAAUUCAUCAAGUUGGUGUGUCCAUUCUGAGGGAGGAGUUUCUGGAGAGGGUUUCCAUGGGGGUGGAACAUCCGAAGGUAGACGAGGAAAGUAGCUUGAGCAAGGUAAGGGACGCAGAUGAAAAAGGAUCUCCACAGAAAGGGAUCCAAAAUCAUGGUACGAUUGACACUCCAUCCAGAGAAACUACCCACGGGGUAAUUACAGCAUCACGCCGGAAGGAAUCAAAAAAAGCGGAAAGGAAAAUCUUCCAAAUGAGAGUUAUAAAAGAAGGAAGGGAAGAAUUAAAUUCCUUCAAAUUGAAGGAAGGAGUGUAUCUAAAUUAUUAUAUGAAUAAAAUUGUACCAAACGGAAAGAGUAAAUUUAUUCAGAAGGCGCUAAAAAAUUAUGUACAUUAUUUUUUACACUGUCGGAAUGAUGUUCUUUACCAGAAUGAAUACAACCCUUUGUAUAUUUUUGUGAGGUACUCUAAAUAUAUAAAAAGUUUUGAGUUUCGUUUUUCUUAUGGCUGUGAAGGGGAGGAUCAUGUGCUUGUUUAUACAUUGACGAGGAAGGGCAAUGUUUUGAGGGCACGACAGGUCUGCAGGGAUAAAGCAGUUGAAUUUUUUGGGGAGGGCGACCAGGUGUGCAGGUUGGUGGAGGGGGGUAGCAGUGAUUGUAGCGUUGGCGAUAGUAGUAGUGGUAAUAGUAGCAGUGGUGAUAGUAGCGGCGACGAUAAUAGUAAUGAGAGCUGCACGUACCCAGAAGGUAACCUGCGGCUAUUUCUCAAUCAGGAGGAAGUGAAGGAACUGGUCAUGGACAAGGCCCUUCAGGAGUUGCUAUCGCACCGUGACAGUGGACAAGUGGACUCCAAGUUAAGUUCCCCAGAAAAGGAUGUAUUCUUUUUUCAAUUGGAACAACAUGGGAACCAUGUUAAUUCUAAACGCAGCGGGAGAAAACUGUAUGGCAGAAGCAAUUUCUGCAACGAGUGCUGCAUGUCGUAUGGAAUGAAAAGGGGAAGAAGAAGUAGAAAUACAUGUGGACCAAAUGGUCGAGCAGAUCAUGGAAGAAGCGAUUUCCCCUUUUAUGCGGGCGUUUCGGAGAAGGUGAUGUGUGUUCCACUUCUUGUAUAUCCAACCGGGGGGAGCAAACACGUGAAUGUCAAUUUUGACUUUUCCUUUAAGAGCGCCAACUUUGAAGACCAGCUGAAAUACCCAGGGAGGUAUUCCGUGGAGCCAUCUGUCAUAACAAUGGUCACAAGGAUUGGGCGUGGUGGAGGGGGCACCAUUGGGGAGGAGGAGGGGAAAAAAGAAGAAGAGGAUGGUGGUCUAAAAAGGUGUAGUACGAAUGCGAGUGUAAUGAAUAGUGGCUCGAGCGAUGAGAUUUUCAAUAGUACUUACACACCGAAGUAUUGUCAAGAAGACGAGCAACAUUUAAGGCAUCGUAAGAAGGGAGAGACUGGCACUGAGGGGAGGGACGACACAGUGCAAUACUACCUAUACAUACACAACAACAAUUCACAUGGAAUUAUCGUUGAGGAAAUAAGGGGAGGGACAUUGAAAGGUACCGUAGAGGUAACUCACAAGAGUACAUACUGCAACAUUGUAAAAGGAAAUAAUUCAGAAGGGGGUGAUAUUAUCAUAAAGUACCACUAUAACAUUAGGAACCUUUUUUUCCCUUUUAAGAAAAUGUGGGAAAAUAUCAUCCGUACACUUGUGGUGAAGGUGCCACCUGUCCAUCCGAUAGACGACCGAAUGUACGGGAAGGAAGGGAACCACUAUCCCCUAAUGAAGGACAUGAAGAAAAGCAAAAUAAGGAUAGACCUUUUUUAUGAAAAAACGGCAAAAUGUAACGAAAUUUUUGUCGUCGAAUCGGUGAUUACGAAUGAGACGAAUAUCACCGAGGAAGUUAUAAUUUUUCUGUACGAGAGGAAAAGGGGUAGGCGUAGUCAACGGGAGAGAAGAAUGGAAAAAGGUAUUGUCAUGGGAAGCGGUUGGGAUGGAGCCAGGAACACACAGAGUAGAAAGAAGAUGUACGAAUUGAAAUUCAAAAAUGAGCACGAGUACUAUAGUAAUAAUAAUAAUAAUAAUAGUAAUAAUAAUAUGUCCGAGGGUAGCUCUGAUUCUUCUGUACUUUCGUCCGACAAUUUGGAAGAUUUAAUUGAUGAGGAUAACUACAUGUCUGAUGGUACAAAUGACCAUUCUAGCAGGAAAAGAUAUAUUAUAACGGGAGGUAGGAUAAUGAAGAAUAUUUUGCUUCCGUACCAAUCCAUUAAGCUCAGAUGGUCCUUCCUUAUUUUCGCGCACGGAUUUGUUACAUUGCCCAGCGUGCUAAUCAAGCGCAAGACCAAGAUAAAGAACAACAUCAAUGUUUUCGCAUCCGCCAGUGUUGAAUUGUUCGUAGUGUAG